AUGGGUUUUCUGCGAAGGCCUCGUCAUCACCCACGCCGAUGCUGCCCACCCCGCUUCAUCAGAGCCAGGGCUGCCUAUCCUUUGGUGUUUAUACCACUACCCGAGGUCCUUCUACCGCCUCAAGUGCUACAGAACUACCACAUUGACUGCGAGGUCGCGAUCAACCGCCAGGUCCAGCUGCAGCUCUCUACCUCCUAUGUCUACCUGUCCAUGGCCUUCUACUUUGAUCGUGAAGAUGUGGCCCUGGAGAAGUUCUCAAGCUUCUUCCUGAACAAGUCUCACGAGUGUACUGCAAAUGCUGAGAAGUUUCUGGCAUUGCAAAACCAGCGCGGAGGUCGCACCUCUCUUCGCACAAUCUCCAAGCCAGACCGUGAUGAUUGGAUUGGUGGCCUCCCAGCCAUGGAGCGUGCCUUCCAGCUGGAGCUGACCCUCAACGAAAGCCUUGUGGCACUGCGCCUGCUAGCCGCCAGCAAAAGCGACGCCCAGCUGUGCAGCUUCCUGGAGAACCACUUUCUGAGCAAGCAAGUUGAAGUCCUCAAGGAGAUGAGCAGCUACCUGAUCAGCAUGCGCCAGAGGGCAUCUCCAGAAGUCGACAUGGCGGAGUAUCUCUUCGGAAAACUUUCCCUGGAUCACAUCAACAAGAAGUGA